GCUCUUCCGUUCGUAGCAAUUUCGAUACAAGAAGACGACAAACUACGCUGUCGUUUCACCUAACUGCUGGGCUGGGCCGGAUGGGCCGGGCCCAGUAUCUUCGAUUCAUUUGAACCGGGCCGGUUGACUGCUAGACGGGCUAAUUGAUCCGGACCCAACUUUCCCACCCUGUCCGGUCCAGACCAGAGAAACAGGCCCUCUCCUUCUGGCUCUUUCAGAUUUGGCGCUCUCUUUGAGACUGAGCGGGAACACUGGGAGAAUUCUCCAUCGCCAAUUUUCUACCGGAAACUUCUCGCCGACGAGUUCUCUCCGGCGCAGGAAGACCUCGAUGAGCUCUCGGCUCGACUUCGAGCUCGAUGACCCUCUGGUCAAUACUCACGUUCCCGCCAAGCGAAGGAAGAAGGUUAUCGGUUUGGAUGACUUGCUGGCUGAUCACUACAAGGAGGAGGGCAAGCGCAUCGAGGUGAAAUCGAAGAGGAAGAAGCCCCAAAACAAUGACAGUUCAGACGAUGAAGACAACACCAAGGAAGCACACCUGUCGACUGCUCUCGAUCGGUACCAUAAACAGAUGCAGGACAUGGGCAGUGACGAUGAGGUAACCAAUUGGGGUUUGCGUGUUUUUGGAACUCAGAAAAAUCCACCAGAUUCAGAUUUCUCCGAGCUCCGAAGCUGCGAGCUUUUGCAGUCUUUUUAUGAUAAUAAUCUUGAUUCGUUGGUCGGGCUCAACAGAGAAGAAGGGGAUGCAUUUCUGGAAGGACUAUUAGUAAAUGGAUGGUUGUUGAAGUUGGUAACCACUCAAAAUCAUGUUGAAGCGGUUGUUGCAAAAUGGACCUUCAAUUUGAUGAUGUUUUCAUCAAGAGGACAACUAAGAACACGUGCUUGUAGCUUUUGGUGUGACAUAUUCUCACUGGAAAAUGAGGAUGACACAUCAUACUUUAAGAUCGACUGGGUCCCUAAUUAUUCAGAACUAAGGAGAGCCCUUGAUAUCUAUGGGUACACACACGACCUUUCAUCAAAUUCAACUUUUUCCUGCGCAGAUUCGCAGCAUGUUGGACCAUCUCAAAACAUUCGGACUUGGAUUAAGUUUGUGACUGCUUCUUGUCAAGUAAGGAGCAAAAGGCCCAUGUUCUCCUCUGCAGAAGCAGAAGAACUUAUCGAAGUAAUAGUAUCUCUCUUCUUAGAUCGCCAACUUGAAGGUCUCUCUGCUUCAUUGUAUAAAUGCAUGUUGGCCACGAUAAGUUACUUCACAGAUGAGGAGUGGAACAUCAGCUGUGAGAAAGUAGCAAAAUCUAUUGCUAACAGAGUACCUCGGGACUUAAAUUGCUUGAGAGCUGUGGAGUGCAUCUCUGGUGUUGAUCCUCGUAGCAAGAGCCUCAGGAGCAAAGUAGCCUAUCAGAUUCUCACUGCUUAUCUCGAUUUUCAGAUUGCUAGUGACGAGGAAAUCUUGAAUACACUCAUCUCGAUUAAGGUGGACGAGAGGAGUUGUGAUCUGUUCAAGGUCUACAUCUAUCUAAUUCUGACGGAGAACUGGCUCUUGUGGGGUUCGAAGCUUGAUGAUAAGCCUGUGAUAUGCGAGAUGUGGAGGGUCCUCCUUCGAAACUGUUCUUGCCUCAUUCCUAGCACCGAUCUAAGAUCAUAUGCAUUAAAGAUUCGAGAUAGAGCUUCAUAUCUUCUUCACUGUUCCUCUAUUAACUAAUGAGUCCACGGAAGAGUCCGGUUUAUUUCCUGCAAAGUACUAGCACGGUCACUUCCUCGGCGUGCAAAAGUGAUGUGAAUAUGGAUUCUGCAAUAUGUAGUAGAUGAGUGUAAUCUGACGGGUGCAUAUAUUGCUUGCUCAUACUUACGUGCUGUUUUAUGGGAAUGAUAGGGAGCAGAACUAACUCGGUAGGUAGCAAGGCUACCAUUAUUCUCGAGACAUCGUAUCAUCAUGUCUCGGAUAGAACAUUAGACAUGAUUUUUUUUUUUUAAUCAUAGGAUAUAUUCGACACGUAUGUUGGUCAUGGAAUAGGGUAAUUCAAGUAAAGAUGAGAAUUUUGCA